CAGUUCUUUAGCGGCUUUCUGGGUGCACGGUCGACUUUGUUCCGGAUUCGGGUUUGGAAUCACAAGCCAUUAUCUCUUCUGGGAGCUACGAGGUGGCUCAUUUGAAUUCAUAACGAGUGGAGGAGCUAAUUGCGCCUGUGGCCAGAAUGAAGUGCCUGAUAGUGUUUGGUCUGAUUGUGGCCCUGUUUGGUGCCUUCGUGGGCUAUGGCUACGUGGUAUUCACGGAUCUUACCAAGCCCCUGCCCAAGCCGGAGUUCAAGGAUGACACGUACUGGGGUCCUGGCGAUGUUAAGGACUUUAUGCCCGACAACAAGAUCUACGAGUUCAAACUGCAGGUGCCGCAAUCCGAGAUCGAUGAUCUGCGAAAGGAACUCAACCGAACGCUGAGACUCACCGAACCGCUGGACGGGAUCGCCUUUGAGUACGGAUUCAAUACCUACGCGCUGCAGCAGUUUGUGGACUACUGGCGGGACAACUACCUGACCAAGUGGGAUGAGCGCCAGGAGCUGUUCAACUCGAUCAAGCAGUACAAGACUGAAAUCCAGGGCUUGAAUAUUCACUAUAUUCACGAGAAGGUAUCCGAGGAGGCUAAGGAAAAGAAACACGUGUAUCCUCUGCUCCUGCUCCACGGCUGGCCAGGAUCGGUGCGCGAGUUCUACGACUUUAUACCCAUGCUCACCAAGCACUCAAACAUCACGGAUUACGCCUUUGAGGUCGUGGCACCUUCCCUGGUGGGCUACGGAUGGUCCGAUGCUGCCACGCGUCCCGGAUUUAAUGCCGCUGAAAUGGCCACUGUGAUGCGUAACCUGAUGCUGCGUCUGGGCCACAAGAAGUUCUUCAUCCAAGGCGGAGAUUGGGGCAGCAUCAUUGGCAGCAACUUGGCCACCUUGUAUCCGGAGAACGUGAUCGGUUACCACUCGAACAUGUGCGUUCUGCACUCGCCACUGGCCAUUCUAAAGGGAAUCUACGGCAGCUUCUUCCCGGAGAAGUACCUGCCCUCCAGAUUCUUUGUGGAUCAUCAUUUCCCCGUGUGGGACAAAUGGCUGGAUCUGCUGAAGGAGAGCGGUUACUUCCACAUCCAGGCCACCAAGCCGGAUACAAUUGGAGCGGCUCUGACCUCCAGUCCCGUCGGCUUGGCCUCCUAUAUCCUCGAGAAGUUCCAGACCUGCACGAAUCCCGGCCUGCAGCAGGACUUUGGCGCCAUAGUUACUGUCUUCGGCUUGGAGGCUGUACUGGACAACCUGAUGGUCUACUAUCUGACCAACUCGGCCACGACGGCGGCUCGUUUCUACCUGGAGAACGUGUCCAAGGCGUACAGGGAUCUCCAGCUGGAUCGUGUGCAGUCCCCGGUUCCCAUGGGCUGUGCCCGCUUCCGGUUCGAUCUGGCCUCGGUGACUGACUGGCAGCUCAGGGACAAGUUCCCCAACCUGACCCACUCGAUGUACUUCCAGCAGGGCAGCCACUUUGCCGCCCUGGAGAUGCCGGCCAUGUUGUUCAAUGACUUCACCGCCUUUGUGGGAAAGAUUGGCCUACACGGUGAGAAGAGGAAAUAAACUGUUUUAGUAUAAUUACCAAA